GAAGCUCAAAAUAAUCGAACCGCACGUGAUGAUGAAGAACAUUCAGAAGUCAGAAUUUCAAUUUAUAAAGCAUACUUCAAAGCUGGAGGAAGUUUUUUCUUCAAGAUUAUUAUAAUAGUAAUGGUAGUGGUAUUUCAAUCCUUUACAAGUGCCAGCGACUAUUGGCUAAUCAAAUGGUUACAAGAUAGAAGAAUCCAUAGCCAAAGUAAAGAAAUAAUAAAAGAUAUUACCUUUAACACAACAGUCUUUAAUAUUAGUGAAGGCAGAAAUUUUUAUCAGAAUGACGAAACCAACGUAUAUGUUUACUUUGGAUUGAUAUGUGCAGCGUGUUUCACCAUCUUAAUUACAGGUUUACUAUUGUUGAAAUUCUUUACAGCUGCAUCUACCAAACUUCACAACAAUAUGUUCCGCUGUAUUAUUCGAACUCCAAUAUCAUUUUUGGACAAUAAUCCUGUUGGAAAAGUGUUAGACCGGUUUUCUAAAGAUGUUAAUAACAUGGAUGAUACCUUACCUAACUGUUACUACUUUUCAAUAAUA